GUUUGACGGUUGCAAUUUUAAUUAAUAGUAGUAGUAGCUAGAUUUGGACUUUUCAAACUUUGCUAGGCCUUGGCCCCUCCAUUACGACCCCUAUCUGUUUAAAUUGAUCCUUUCGACAACUUGGGCUUUCAAAUUCUUUACAGUAAGAAAGAAUAAUUAUUUUUUUUGGAGCCAAUUAAAAUGACGAUUGAACUAUGUUCAGAUGAUUCAAGUCCUCGCAUUUCUUUCUCUCAGGACAUUUCUCAAACAGAUACUGUUCAAAUUCCAUCAACUAAUUCAUCCUCCUCUAGUGUUGAUUUUGAUUUUUGUGUGUUUCAUCAAAACUUUGAUCUUGAAUCUUCUUCAGCUGAUGAGCUUUUCUGUGAUGGCAAAAUCCUCCCUAUUGAAAUGAAGAGAAAAAUACCUCCAUCUCUUCCACCCAACAAGAAGUCAGAUAUAAAGCUGCUGACAACAAAAAGUCGUAAGUUGGUUAUCCCUCACAGUAACACAAGCUUCAAGAAUGAAAUUUUAUCUUCAGAUGAAAAACAGAGCUCAAAGUCAUUUUGGAGAUUCAAGCGUAGUAAUAGUAGUAGUUGUAGUAGUAGUUAUGCAAGAACUUUAUGUCCUUUACCAAUUCUAUCUCGAAGUAAUUCAACUGGUUCAACUCCAAAUGUAAAGCACAAACAGUAUUCUCAGAAAUCAUCUUCCUCUGUUUCUUCUUCUAAUGGUUAUUAUCAAAAACCUCCAUUGAGGAAAGUUUCAGGUUACAUCAAUGGAAUUAAAAUCAGCCCAGUAUUAAAUGUCCCUCCAGCAAACUUCUUUGGUUUCACCUCUAUCUUUUCCAGUGGCAAGGAAAAGAACAAGAAGAGGUGAUUUUUUUAUUUGGUUUCCCAUUUGGCCGUAUUAGAGCCGACUAAUUCAGAUUUACGUCGCGUAACGCUCAUUUGAAGAAAAAGCAUCUCUCACAAGGAUUUUUCCAUAAGUCGAGACUAGUGAUUGAUUACUGUAAAGAUUAACUACUAGCCUCUAGUAUAUGUUCCUUAAUUAGUCUCUUUUUUUUUUUUCAAUUACAUUAACAUUGUUUGGGGCCAAGGAAUGGACAAAAAAAAAUCAUUUUCAUGUUGUUUUUUUUGUAUGGAAGAACAGGUAUAAUUUGCUAUCAGAGUGUGUCCCAUUCUCUGCUUUGAUAUUUUGGUUUUGUGCUUUUUGGUUGCUUGCACAUGCUGGGAUUCUAAUUCUAUCUAAUUGGAAUUUGGUUCCUUUCUUUUGAUUCUGUCAAAAGACAAUGACGAAAAGUAUACUAGUUGUUAGUUGGUUGUUUAUUACUCAUUCUGAAUAUUUUUAAUUGUUUCUUCUAAGAUAAAGAUGAAUUACAUAA